AUGUCACAUGGGUGGAGGGGCAUUCUUGCGGGUAGAUAUCUAUUGAUCACUAAUCUGGGCAAGGUCAUUGGUAAUGGUGACGAUACCAGGGUAUGGAAAGACCCUUGGCUGAGUACAGAACACCCAAGUACCCCUAUGGGACCCGCGACCGAGAGAGAUCAAGACCUGUUCGUCUCUGAUCUGAUCUGCAGAGGAAGCGGGGAUUGGAACAUCCCGAGAAUCAUAACCUCGCCACCACAUUUACUCCCUCAGAUCCUACGUCUCCGACCCAGCAUUACAGGAGCACCGGAUUCAUUCGCUUGGCUAGCAACAAAAUCAGGGACAUACUCUGUUAAAUCAGGGUACUAUGUAGCUACGACCCUGAGAAACGCCGAGAUCAGGGAGAGCUCUUCCUCUAGGAGAAAAUCUAGCAAAGCGAGGGCUGCUCAAUCAUAUCACCUGCCGACAUUGUGGAGAACUGGAAACAGCCGAGCACCUCUUCAUCCACUGCAGCUUCUCGUAACAGAUCUGGUCUCAGAACAUUUGGAAGCAGUACUUCAAUCCAACAUCUAUGCCAUCAUUCGUGUCAGCCUUUCUUGCGACAUCACCACUCAGCAAUCUUCCCCCACUAGGAAACCAUAUUUCCAUGGGUCUGCUGGGUGA